AACAAUUACAUUAUGUCCUCAUUGGAAUGUUAAUCAGACUGCUAUGGAAAUAUUUGCCAGGCAAUAUUCUAUAAAUAACACAUCAGGACUACAAAAUUUCUUACGAAAACUCAUUCAAUUUGAUAACAGAAAACAUUUUGAUAUUCCUGAAUAUGAUGAACUUCCCAGUCAUUUAUAUCUAGAGGCAUUAAAACAAAUAAUCAGUGAUGUGAAAGCGCCAGCAACGACUGGUGAAGGCAUCGUUUUAAGAAAAUCUCGUGUCAGCGGAACUGUAGGAAUAUGUUAUGCAUUUAAUAGUGAAAUUGCUCAUAAAUUAGAUAAAAGGAAUAUCGAUAUAGAUUUACCGGACAUUAUGAAGGUGCACGCCCUUGAUAACGAUGCAUUUGCUCAAAUUCUGGAAAUGGAAGCUGGCUAUGAUAUUUACGCCCAUAGUCCUUACGAAAUUGCAGCAAAAAAUGGUGCCAUAAAAUGUCCUGUAUUGAAUUCGUGCUUUCUUCAAUUUAAAGCAAUUUCGCUCGUUUGUGCAGAAGGAGUGAAAAAACUAUCUAUUGAACAACGGAAAUGCAGGUUGGCAGAUGAACCAGAAAUUGGAUACCACUGGCCUAUAUACACCCAUGAUAUUUGCAAAAUGGAGGCAGAAGCUCGAGAAAGUCUAAAGCUGUGCGGUUGCAUUAAUUUUCUUAUACCCCCAUUGGCACGUCUACACGACAUAACUCAAAAUACAUUGUGCUUGCCAAACUGCGAGAAUACCUACUACACAUUUCAUAGUGUGCAGAGGGUGUCUUGGUUUCAAGGAUCAAAUUUGCGAUGGGAACUCCAAAGUUCACCACGUGUUCGUUUUAAGCGGAAUGUGAUAUUUGACAAAGGUGAUAUGUUAGGAAGUACGAUUGGAUUGUUCCUCGGGUGUAGCAUGUUGACGUUAGUUGAAAUAGUUUCUAUGGAACAUUGCAAAUAA